UUUUUUUGAAGUAACUAAGUAGAAUGCAUAAAGACACCCUUUAUAUUACCCUCCAUUUCCCUUCUUCCAUUCCUAACAGGCAACCACAUUCUUGAAUUUGGUUGGUCUCUGGUAUAUUUUAACUGUACAUGUGCAUGUAUACCACAACGACAAUGCCCAUCAGCCGGAAAAAGGUUAAGUUGUGAUGUAAUCAAAGAGUGGAGUAUCUGAAGGUAGCUGGGGUUAAUGAACCAAAGCAAUACUGACACAUCAACACAUGUAUUAUUUUAAAGAAACAAUUGUAUUGUAAAAAGUUAUCAAAGGUGAAACAAAAACAUUCUUUAUGGAUAGAAUCAUAAUAUAUGUACUGAAAACACAGGCGACUAAUGCAUCCCAAGUUCUGUGUAGCAGUUUCCCUGGGGGAGGUAAAAAUAUUGAGAAUGUGUAAAAAUAAAAGAGGAUUUCAAAUAAGUACACAUUAUUUUAUUUUAAAAAAUUCUCAAUGGAAGCAUGGCAGCAUUUUUUUUUAAAUAAUAUUUUAUUGUAUUUUUGGUAAAGAUUUAAAUAGCAAUUUAGGUUUCCUGUCAACAAUUUCUACGUGAAUUGUUCGGCGAAGUGGGCUUUAAUUAGAUGGUGCAAACUGGUGCGAAAAUAGGCUUUUAUUAUUUUUCUCUGUGCUUCUCGGUAUGCUCGAAAUGUUUCAUAAUUAAAAGUGUAAAUUUAUGUAUAUGUAAUUUUAAAACUUGUUUAAAUUUUCCAUUACUAUAGAUGUCAUUUUAUAUGAGGUGCUUUUCUCUUCUGAGUUUUUAUUAUUUGGGUUGGUGUAUCUAAUUUAUUCAUUUUAAUUGCUAUAUAUUUUAUAAUAUGUCCAUUACAAAUGAACGUUGAUAUCAUUCAUAUUCAUUUGGGCCCUUUCUUUUCCAUGCUUUUUUACACGAGGAGGAGUCCCAGUGAAGUUCUAGCAUGUCUGUUCCCCCUAAAAUUUGCAGUUAUCUUGGUAGGGAUGUUCUUUCUCUACUCUUCCCCGAUUUUGAUGCACCAAUUACUCCCUUCUGUAAUGAACCAUCAUGCUGUGCCCAUGCAGAACAAAUCACAAUGGGAAAUACUGAGUGGUUGUUAUAUUUUGAACACUGUGCUUGACACUUUUGUCUAUUUGUUUUUCAUCCUUGCCAACUGCGAUAAGGUUUUAUGAUGGUUCCCAUUAUACAAUGAGGUGAUGGAAGAUUCUCAGAGUUCUAAAAAAUCCUUUUUGACAGAAAAAAAAAACACUGGAUUAAAAAAAGAUACUGGAUUAAAAUUAGUUGUGUGUGAGCCCAAACCUUACACCAAUUAAUUGAUGCUAUUAUGGUUUUUUAUUUUCAUUCUCAGGGCCCAGAACUUCCUGUCAAACAGCCUGGAUGUUUGUGUUGGGGGAGAAUUUUUUGCCUUGCUCAGUUAAGCUAAAAAAAUAAGAAUCUUAAUGAGUUGUUCACCCUUGAAAUAGACACUUUCUCAGACUUUUUUUUUUUUUUAAUGUCCCCCUUUAUUACUAUGUUAGCAAUGUUUCGUUUUUUCUUAUGGCAAGUGAUGCUGGUUUUCUACUUUAUCAACAUUUAACAUACAUACAGAACAGUAUACAAAUUACAAAUAUAUUAAUGAUUUUUGCAAAAUAAACAUGGCCAUGUAACUACCACCUAGAUCAAAAAAUUCAACAUUGACACUGCUUCAAAAGUCUUCUCGGUUUCCCUUCCCAGUCAUUUCUUUCAAAAAGAUAAUGACUAUUGAACUUCAUCCUCAUUGAUUAAUGAAAGCUUGGAGUGUUUACUAGAGUCCCUGCCUGUGAAGGCUGAGAAAGCUCAGGGUUUAUUUUUAGCCUUUGUGUGUCCUUUUCAACUUGAGUGUCUUAACUCUGUGCAGCUAGGAAAUAAAACACAUUCCUGAAAGAAAACAGCAGCACGUAAUGGAGGCUCAUUUCUCUGUGUUCCCUUUUUUCUAGGAUUUUGGGCUCUUAAGUCCUGACUGCCUUGGUAGCCCUGAACUCUGAUUGUGUCUCCCUCGCUCUGUCAGUCAGCUGAUAGGUCUGACUUGUCACUUUUUUUUGUUGUUGUACUUUAGAUGAGGGUUUACAGAACAAAGUAGUUUCUCAUUAAACAGUUAGUACACAUAUUGUUUUAUGACAUUAACAACCCCACGACAUGUCAACACUCUCCCUUCUCAAAAUUGGAUUUCCUAUUACCAGCUUUCCUGUUCCCUCCUGCCUUCUAGUCCUUGCCCCUUGGCUAGUGUGCCCCUUUAGUCUCAUUUUGUUUUAGGGACUGUCUAAUCUUUGGCUGAAGGGAGAACCUCAGGAAUGACUUUAUUACUGAGCUGAAAGUGUGUCCGGGAGCCAUACUCUCAGGGUUUCUCCAUUCUCUGUCAGGCCAGCAAGUCUGGUCUUUCUUUUUGAGUUAGAAUUUUGUUCUACAUUUUCCUCCAGCUUUGUCUGGGACUGUCUAUUGUGAUCCUUUUCAUAACAGUCAGUGGUGGUAGCCGGGCACCAUCUCGUUUUACGGGGCACAGUCAGGUGGAGGCCAUGGUAGAUGUGGUCGAUUAGUCCUUUGGACUAAUCUUUCCCUUGUAUCUUUAGUUUUCUUCGUUCUUUCUUGCUCCCGAAGGGGUGAGGCCAGUGGAGUAUCCUAGAUGGCUGCUCACAGGCUUUUAAGACUCCAGACACUACUCACCAAGUAGGAUGUAGAACAUUUUCUUUAUAAACUAUGUUAUGCCAAUUGAGCUACAUGUUCCCCAAGACCAUGGUCCCCACAGCCCUCAGCCCAGCAAUUCGACACCUCAGGGAGUUUGGAUGUGUCUAUGGAGCUUGAUGAUCUUGCCUUGUACAAGUUGUGCUGGCUUCCCCAGUAUUUUGUACUGACUUAGCCUUCACCAAAGUUGCUGCUCAUCUAUUGCCUAUUUAGUGUUUUUCCAUCCCCAUUCCUCCCCUCCCUCAUAACCAUCAAAGAUUGUUUUUUUGUGUGUGUAAACCUUUUCAUGAGUUUUUAUACUAGUGGUCUCAUACAGUAUUUGUCCUUUUGUGAUUGACUUAUUUCACUCAGCAUAAUGUCCUUUAGAUUCAUCCAUUUUAUGAGAUGCUUCAUAGAUUCAUCAUUGUUCUUUAUUGUGUAAUAUUCCAUUGUGUGUAUGUAUCACAGUUUGAUUAUCCAUUCAUCUGUUGAUGGGCAUCUAGGUUGUUUCCAUCUUUUUGCUGUUAUGAACAACACUGCAGUGAACAUGGGUGUGCAUAUGUCUACUCAUGUGACAACUCUUAUUUCUCUAGAAUAUAUUCCUGGGAGUACGAUUGCUGGAUCAUAUGGUAUUUCUAUUUCUAGCUUUCUAAGGAAGAGCCAUAUUGUUUUUCAAAAUGGUUGCAUCACUUUGCAUUCCCACCAGUACUGCAUACGAGUUCCGAUCUCCCCACCACCUUUCCAACUUUUGUUAUUUCCUGUUUUUUUUUUUUUUUUAAUUCAUGCCAGUAAUGCCAGGGUGAGAUGGUAUUUCAUUGUGGUUUUGAUUUGCAUUUCUCUAAUGGCUAGUGAUCACGAGCAUUUCCUCAUGUGUCUGUUGGCCGCUUGAAUGUCUUCUUUGGUGAAGUGUCUGUUCAUUUCCUUUGCCCAUUUUUUAAUGGACAAUUUUGUCUUUUUGUUUUAGAGGUGUUGGAUUUUCUUGUAAAUUUUAGAGAUUAAAAUUUUGUCUGAUUUGUAAUAGCCACAUUUUGUCCCCCAGUUUGUAGAUUCUGUUUUUACUCUUUUGGAGGAUUAUUUUGAUGAGCAUAAGUAUUUAAUUUUUAGAAGAUCCCAGUUAUCUAGCUUAUCUUCUGGAGUUUGUGUGUUGUUGGUUGUGGUUUGUAUCUUGUUAAGGCCAUGUAUUAGGGCCUCUAGUGUUGAUCUUUUUUUUUUUCUUUUAUGAACUUCAUAGUUUUAGGCUCCUUAUUUAGGUCUUUGAUCCAUUUUGAGUUAGUUUUUAAAUAUGGUGUGAGGUGUGAGUCCUGUUUCACUUUUUUGCAGAUGGACAUCCACCAAUUUUGCCCGCACCAUUGGUUAAAAAGACUGUCUUUUCCCCAUUUGAUGGGCUUUAGGCCCUUGUCAAAGAUCAGGUGACCAUAGGUGGAUGAAUUUACAUCUGGGUACUCAAUUCUGUUCCAUUGGUCAGUGCAUCUGUCAUUAUACCAGUACCAGUACCAGGCGGUUUUGACAACCAGUACCUGGCUGGUUGUGCUUUAUGGGGUUUCUUCCCUUUCCAUAUGAAGUUAAUGAUAAGUUUUUUCCAUCUCUUUAAAGAAUGUUGUUGGUAUUUGGAUUGGUAUUGUAUUUGUAAAUAACUUUGGGUAGAAUUGUCCUUUUCAGAAUGUUGAGUCUACCUAUCCAUGAGCAUGAUAUAUCUUUCCAUUUAUGUAGGUCUCCUUUGGUUUCUUGCAGUAGUGUUUUGUAGUUUUCCUUCACAGAAUUUUUCUAAAGCAUUGGUUCAUAAGAAUAAUUGGCAAAUGCAUCAAGGACAUAGUCAGUUAACUCUUACCUGGUUUUAGGGAUCCAGAUAUUCUUGAGAGUCUCAUCUUAACAUAGGAAAUGGAAGUGUCCUAGAGUUGAUCUUAGUACACAACCUUGAGAUUCCCACACAAGGCAGUGGCCAAUAUUUCCUGACUCAGGCUUUGAUAGGACCCAACCAGCUACAGAAGGAAAGAAGAUCCAAAAUUACAUGAUUGAUUUUCAAUAUUUCUUUUUCUAACAUCUACUAAUUUUACAAUGGAGAUGCUGAGUCAAAACAUAAAAGGAAUAGCGAAUCAAUGAAGCUACUGAGCAGCAUGGGAUUUUUUCCACCGUCUGCCAUAAAAAGGGAGAGAGGAAGGGAGGAACAGAUCACUGUGGGCUAUAUGGGAAGGGAGUAAAGAAAUGAGAAAAUAAAUUUAGGAGUAAUAACCUAUUAAUAGAUAUUAAUUGUGACAUUACUUUUGAAAUUGAAUGGUUCCCUUUUCCACUGAUUUAUGUGUAAAAAUGUGAGCGGCAGUUAAACAGAAAAGAGUAUAUAUGUGUUUAUUUCAUACAUUGUUGUGUGUGACAAGGUAAGAAAUUUCUAAAACAAUAAAGUUACAUUAUCUUAUUCAAUUAUCAUGAUAAUCUUAAUACUUCACACUCACCAGGUUCCAGGCUUCCUGCUAAGCAAUUUGUAUUGAUUACAUUUUUUAAGUACCACAAUUAUACAAGUAUCUGAAGUGUCCAGGUGUACUUUGCUCUGUGUUUUUUUCUCCUUUAAGGCUGACUUGACAAUGUUCCUCAAUUUUCUACUACUGUUGGGACCCUCCUGUCAAGCAGCCUAGGUGUUUGUGUUGUUAGAUUGUGUCUUUCUCAUUUUAGGAUUCUGCUUGCUGUUGUUAUUAGAUGCCAUGGGCUCAGUUCUGGCUCAGCAACCCUGUGUACUACACAGAACAAAACACUGUCCACUCCCACACAUUUCUCAAGAUUGUUGCUAUUGUUUGAGCCCAUUGUUGCAGUCACCAUGUCAAUCCAUCUCACUGAGUGUCUUCCACUUUUUUGCUGAUCUUCUACUUUACCAAGCAUUAUGUACUUCUGCAGGGACUGGUCCCUCCUGAUAACAUGUCCAAAGUACUUGAGACAAAGUCUUGCCAUCCUUGCUUCUACGGAGCAUUCUGGCUGUAUGUCUUUCAAGAUAGAUUUGUUCUUCUUCUGGCAGUCCAUGGUAUAUUCAAUAUUAUUUCCUAACACUAUAAUUUAAACACACCAAUUCUUCUUUGGCCUUCUGUUUUCAUUGUCCAGCUUUCUCAUGCACAUGAGGCCAUUGAAAAUAACAUGGCUUGAGUCAGGCACACUUUAGUCCUCCAAGUGGCACCUUUCCUUUUUAAGAUUUCAAACACUAAUAACUGAAGACCAGAUGAGUUGUGGAAGGACAUCAUAACUGAAGAGAGCAAAAGGUCAUUAAAAAAGACAGGAAUGAAAGAAAAGACCAAAACUUGCUCUUGACUCUUAAACUUGCUCUUGAACUUAGAGUAGCUAAGCAAAUGGAAGAAACAAUAAAGUAAAAGAGCUGGACAAAACAUUCCAAAGGGAAGCUUGAGACAACAAAGUAUAAUAUUAUAAUGAAAUGUGCCCAGACCUGGAGUUAGAAAACCAAAAGGGAAGAACAGGAUUGACAUUUUUCAGGCUGAAAGAACUAAAGAAAAAAUUCAAUCCUCAAGUUGCAAUAUCAAAGAAUUCUAUGGGCAUAAUAUUGAACGAUGCAGGAACCAUAAGAAGAAGAUGGAAGAUAUACACAGAGUCACUGUACAAAAAGAAUUGGUUGAUGUUGAACUAUUUCAAGAGGUAGCAUAUAAUCAAGAACUGAUAGCAUUAAAGGAAGAUGUCCAAGGUACACUGAGGCAUUGGUGAAAAACAAGGCUCUAGGAAUUGAGGGAAGACCAACUGAGAUGUUUCAACAAAUGUAUCCAAUGCUGGAAGUACUCAUCUUUGCCAAGAAAUUUGGAAGACAGCUACCUGACCAGUCGAGUGGAAGAUAUCCAUAUUUGUGCCCAUUCCAAAGAAAGGUGACAUAACAAUGUGGAAAUUAUCAAAUAAUAUGAUUAACAUCACACACAAGUAAAAUUUUGCUGAAGAUAAUUAAAAAAAAAACCAUUACAGGAGUACAUCGACAAGGAAUUGCCAGAAAUUCAAGCUGGAUACAGAAGAGAAUGUGGAACCAGGGAUAUCGUUGUCGAUGUCGCAUAGAUCUUGACUGAAAGCAAAGAAAACAAGAAAGAUGUUUACCAUCUUUUAUUAUUAUUAUUAUUAUUGACAAUGCAAACACAUUCAAAUAAACAUGUGGAUCAUAAGAAAUCACGGAUAACACUGGGAAGAAUGGGAAUUCCCGAACACUUAAUUGUGCUUUUGUGGAACUGUACAUAGACCAAGAGACUUUUGUUCGGAUACAACGAGGGAAUACUUGAUGGUUUAAAAUCUGAAAAGGUGUAUGUCAGAAUCGUAUCCUUUCACCAUAUCUGUUCAAUCUGUAUGCUGACCAUUUAAUCUGAGAAGGUGACUUUAUGAAGACGAACGCAGCAUCAGGUUUGGAGGAAGACGAAUUAAUAAUCAGCAAUGUACAGAUGACACAACCUUGCUUGCUGGAAGUGAAGAGGGCUGAAACAUCUACAGAUGAAGACCAAAGACUACAGCACUCAGUAUGGAUUACACCUCAACAUAAAGAAAACAAAAAUUUUCACAUUGGGUCGAAAAGCAACAUCAUGAUAAGUGGAGAAAAGAUUGAAGUUGUCAAGGAUUUCAUUUUACUUGGAACCACAAUCAACAUCCACGGAAGCAGCAGUCAAGAAAUCAAAUGAUGUAUUUCUUUGGAGAAAUCUGCUGCAAAAGAUCUUUUAAAAUUGUUAAUAAGUAGAGAUGUCAAGAUUCUGCUUUGAACACACUAAAAAAAUUGUUGCUUUUUUUCUCCAGUUUUUUCAAGGCUCAUGCAUUUCCUCCUUCCUCCCAUUCUUGAGCUUUGGGUAAAAAAAGAUAUGCUGCAUAUCACCUGGGUGCCCUGUUAGCGCAGUGAUUAAGCACUCAGCUCCUAAUCAAAAGUUGGCAGUUUGAACACACCAGCUUCCCCACAGGAGAAAGACAUGGCAGUCAGCUUCUAUUAAGUUUUCAGCCUUGGAAAUUUUAUGUGGCAGUUCUGUCAUAUAGGGUCACAAUGAGUGGAAAUCAACUCACCUGCAAUGGGUAUAUAUCAACUUAUGAGAAUAAUAUUUCAAUCUUCAAAUAACUGGAAGAAAAGGAAAUCUCAUUUCAUAAUAGCUGUUAAGCUUAAGGUUUCAGCUAGUACAUUGUAGGUUGACAUCACGUCCUGAGUUUGGGUCCUGUUUUGAUUCUGUCACCUGUUGGAUACUACCUAUGUGGUCAGAGAGCAAGUGACCUCAACUACCAGGGAAAGCACUUGGUUUUAAUUCAGGUGAAAGGUUUCAAGAGGUAAGUAAUAGAAUUUGUUGCCCCUUCAGGAUGCCUUGUCCUGCCCUACUCAGAGAUUAUAUCACCCCAAAACAGUGGUCAUAUAAGGUCAGCUCCAAGUUCUGGCAGCCAAAAUUCAAAUCCUGUUUUUACCUCUUUGCAGAGUACCAUGUACUUUGUAUCUGCAACUUCACUUUUCUUUUACCUUUACACGAGGUCAUGGAUAAAAUGUGAGAUAAUAGGAGCACCUUAUUCAUAUGUCCAUUGUGAGAAUAAAAACAGGUAGUAUAGUAAAUCCUGAAAACUAUGCCUGCCAAUAAUCAGAGAUCAGUAAGUGUUAGUGUUGGUAAAGAGAGCGGUUUAUAAUAAUUAUGAUGUUUAUUACUAUGCUUUCUGAUAAUACUAUUAAUUAAAACAAUAAUAACAAGGGACGUCCUAGUCAUCUAGUGCUGUUAUAACAGAAAUAGCACACGUGGAUGGCUUCAGCAGACAGAAGUUUAUUCUCUCACAGUGUAGUAGGCUAGAAGUCCAAAUUCGGGGUGUCAGCUCCAGAGUAAGGUUUUCUCUUAGUGUUGGCUCUAGAGGGAGGCCCUUGUCAUCAAUCUUAUUCUGGACUAGGAGCUUCUCAGUGCAGAGACCCCAGAUACAAAGGAUGUGCUAUUCUCCUGGCUCUUGCUUCUUGGUAGUAUGAGGUCCCCACAUCUCUCUGUUCAUUUCUCUCUUUUAUAUCUCAAAAGAGACCGGCUUAAGACAAUCUAAUCUUGUAGAUCUCAUCAACAUAACUGCUGCUGAUCCAUCUCAUUAACAUCAUAAUGAUAGGAUAUUUGCAAUACAUGGGAAAAUCAUAUCAGAUAACAAAAUGGUGGACAUUCACAUAAUACUGGGAAUCAUGGCAUAGCCAAAUUGAUACAUAUUUUGGGGAGACACAAUUGAAUCCAUGACAAGGAAUAAGAACCUAAAUGAUGGAACAUUUAAAUGGAAAUAAGAAUAUAAAGGACAGAUUUUGAGGAACAACUGAAAAUGAAAAAGCUUAGUUGAGUCAUGAGAAUGAAAUCCUGGCCAGCUCCCUCAGCAGAGCAUGGCGAGCCAGGUCCCCAUCUCCUCUUGAGGUACAUCAAAUCUGUUCUUCCGUGAAUAUGAAUCUAUUAUACAUGGGCCACAAUGGUUGAUGCUCUAGAACAGUGAACCUCAAAGUGUGAUCCCCAGACCAGCAACAGUAGCAUUUGAGAAAUGGUUAGAAAGAAAAAUUUUAGAGCCUUAGACCCCAAAUUCUGAAUUCAAUACUCUGAGGGUGGGGCUUAACAAGUUCUUCAGCUGAUUCUGAUGAAAGGAGGAGUUUGAGAACCACUGCUCUAAAAACAUAGGUGUAGAGUUUGUGUUUAUGCUAGUUUGAAGGCUUAGGAAAAUUCCCAAGGAAAAAGCCAUGUAUUUUUUUCUACUUUAUGGCUGUUAGUUGGCACAACGUGAAAAAAUAGUAGAUAUACAAUAAACACAAAGAUACUACCUAUUUGCUCAGAGAGUAAAGGAUCUUUAAAACCAGGGAGAGCACUUGUGUCUUUAUUCAGGUGAAAGAUUUUUGGAAGAUGUGGUGAUGGAAGAGAGAGAAGAAUAGAGAGAAAACAGGAGGGAGGAAGGGAGAGAGGAUGGGACAGAGACAGGUGAAGGGAGAGAAAGACAAAGAAGGAAAGGGAAAAGGAAAAGAAAAGGGAAGAGAGGGACAGAGAGAGGAAAAAUCUGUAGUAUUCACUUAGUUUCACAAUAUAGAUUCUAGAAUUUCUCUGAAAUACACAAUUCUUCUAAAUCUGUUAUAUGUUCUAUCACUUCUAUCAUCAGACUCAUGAACAGCAUGGCAUCAGAAAACCAAACUGGUGUAGCAGCAUUCUUCCUCCUGGGGCUCUCAGAGGAUUCAGAACUGCAGCCCUUCCUCUUCGGGCUAUUCCUGACCAUGUACCUAGUCACUGUGUUGGGGAACCUACUUAUUAUCCUGGCCAUCAGCUCAGACUCCCACCUCCACACCCCCAUGUACUUUUUCCUCUCCAACUUGUCCUUCGCUGACAUCUGUUUCAGCACCACCACAGUCCCCAAGAUGCUGGUGAACAUCCAGACUCAAAGCAAAUCCAUCAGUUACACAGGCUGCCUCGCCCAGGCUUGCUUUGUUCUAAUGUUUGCAGGUGUAGAAAAUUUUCUCCUUGCAGCAAUGGCCUAUGACCGCUAUGUGGCCAUCUGCCAUCCACUGAGGUACACAGUCAUCAUGAACUCUUACCUCUGUGGCCUGCUGAUUCUCUUCUCCUUGUUUAUUAGUUUGGUGGAUGCCCUGCUUCACAGUCUGAUGGUGCUGCGUCUGUCCUUCUGUGCAGACCUGGAAAUCCCUCACUUCUUCUGUGAACUUGCUCAGGUCAUCAAACUUGCCUGCUCCAAUACCCUCAUCAAUGACAUCCUGGUAUAUUUAAUACCUAGCAUAUUGGGUAGUGUUCCUCUCCUUGGGAUUAUUUUCUCUUACAUUAAAAUUGUCUCUUCCAUUCUGAGCAUGCCAUCAGCCGGGGGAAUGUAUAAAGCUUUCUCCACCUGUGGGUCUCACCUGUCAGUGGUUUUCUUAUUCUAUGGAACAGCUUUUGGAGUCUACAUUAGUUCUGCAGUUACUCAUUCUUCCAAAAACUUAGCAGUAGCUUCAGUGAUGUACACUGUGGUCCCUCCAAUGAUGAACCCCUUUAUCUACAGCCUGAGGAACAGAGACAUGCAGGGGGCCUUGCAGAAACUCUUCUGGAGAACAUCUUCUUUUUCUUAG